AUGUACAUUGGAGACACUUAUCUAGAAGUAGGAACAUCCCCAAAUGUUUAUCUGGAUUUUUACGAAUGGAAUCGCAUGCGUUUUGCUCAAAAACUUAUGUACAUUGGAGACACUUAUCCAGAAGUAGGAACAUCCCCAAGAGUUUAUCUGAAUUUUUACGAAUGGAAUCGCAUACGUUUUGCUCAAAAACGUCUCUCAAUGUUGCCGCAUAAUCCGAUGUUCAAUGAAACAAAUACAUCAAGGUAA